AUGAAAUCUAUCACCUCACUACCCCAUUCACCAUCCUACUCUGAGGAGAAUGGUGAUGAUGACAAUAAUGAUGAAAAAGAGGAUAGUGAGGAUAUGAGUGAGGGUGCAUCCAACUCUGAGGAAGAGAACAAUGAGAAUGGAGAUGACGAUGAGAAUGAGCCUGAUGAUAAAAAAAGGGGCGGCAAAGUUGGGGAAGCUAUAAUCCAAAGAGAUUUUGAGGCUGGUGGCCAUGGAGAUGAUACCGUAGGAUUCACCAACCUAGAUGAUACCCCUAAUGAGAACGGCCAGUGCAAGCCUCAGACCUCUGAUACAACAGAGAGUGUACAGAGUAAGCGAGACCGCCAGACAAAGGUCCGAGAGAUAGUGAUAGGGGAUGGUAGUUCCCGACCUGCAUACAUUAUUUAUUUGAGCAUCAAUACCACCCUGAUACCUGAGCUAACACUGAAUGCACCAGUCACAACUGGUGGUACUGCCGAAUUAAACACCCCGAUCACCACUGGGGCCACUGAUGAUGAGAAUGGGGUCUGUACUGAGGCCCCACGUGCUGAUACUACUUGA